AUGGAUGAUUUUCUGAACCUGGAGCUGCUCUCGCUCGUGUCCAAGGUCACCUCAGAACUUCAGAACCAUGUCGGCGUCAGCGACAAGACCCUGGCCGAGUUCCUCAUCGCCCAGCGCAUCGAGAGCAAGAAUUUCGACGAGUUUCGCACAAAGCUGGACGGCCUUGGUGCCGAAUUUCCGCCGAGUCUGGUGGAUAGCCUCGAUCGCUUGGUGCUGACCAUGCAUCCCCGCUUCAAAGGCAGAGGCGAAAGUGCAACUGAGCCCAAAGAGGAGCACCACAGCCGGUCACUAGAGGAAAAGGAGAAAGUCUUUAGCGGACUUGCUCUCGCAGAUGGUAAACCAACCCACAAAGACAAUGGUGACGCCAUUGAUGAUACUUUGGCGCUUCUCGAAGGCCUCGAAGGAAAGGCUCGCAAAGAGAAGGGUACACGCAAACGAAGCCGGAGUCCCCACGACGACUCGCGACGACGAAGACGAGAUAGAUCACGAUCAAGGGAGGGACGCAAGCGCGACAGAUUUCGUUCGCGUUCCCGAUCACAAGACCGAGGCGACGAAGAUUGGCGCAACGGAUACAGAGACUCGCGAAAGAGCCGCCACAGACGACGAGACGACCGUGAUGAGUACAAUGACAAAUUCGGACGAGCGCCUGCGGUCGAAAUGGACGAUGAGCCUCAUCUCAAUAAAAUAUACGAGGGCCAUGUCACAGGCAUGAAAGAUUUUGGCGCAUUUGUCAAUCUACACAACGUUCGUGGGCGACAGGAUGGCCUCGUGCACAUUUCUAAGAUUGCGGCCCAUCAACGCGUUAACCAUCCCUCAGACCUUCUUGAAAAGGACAGAAAAGUCUGGGUCAAGGUUAUCAGCGUCGAGGGUAAACGGAUUAGCCUCUCCAUGGCUGCCGUUGACCAAGCCACAGGAAUGGAUAAUGAGCCGGAAGUGAAACUCUCGACAGGCGCCAACAUGGAAGCACUGGGUGGGGGCAGUCGAGGCUUUAAUGAUGUUUCAUCCGGUAUGCCGCGAGACGAUAUUGGUGCUCCGAGAAAACACAAGAAGAGAAUGACAUCGCCUGAACGUUGGGAGAUCCGACAACUGAUUGCGUCUGGUGUGGCGAAAGCGUCUGAUUACCCUGAUUUGGAAGAGGAUUACAAUGCGACUCUACGCGGCGACGGAGAGUUGGAGCUUGAAGAGGAUGUUGACAUCGAAGUGCGCGAAGAAGAGCCCCCGUUUCUUGCGGGCCAAACAAAGCAAUCACUGGAGCUGUCCCCUAUUCGUGUUGUCAAGGCCCCUGAUGGCUCUAUGAACAGGGCUGCCAUGUCCGGUACAGCUUUAGCCAAGGAAAGAAAGGAACUGAAACAGCAAGAGGCGGAUGCUGCCAAGGAAAGGCCCAAGGAGAACCUAUCGUCACAGUGGGAAGAUCCAAUGGCAGACCCCGAAAAGAGGCAGUUCGCUAGCGACUUGCGCAACGCCAAAAUGAACGCAGGUGCAGGCGAUGUCCCAGAAUGGAAGAAGGCAGUCAUUCCACGCAACCAGACUCUGGGCAAACGAACAAAUAUGAGCAUCAAGGACCAGCGUGAAACCUUGCCUGUGUAUGCAUUCCGAUCACAGCUUAUCAAGGCUGUCCACGAGAAUCAGAUUAUGAUCGUUGUUGGCGAAACUGGGUCCGGUAAAACGACGCAGCUAACUCAGUAUCUUGCCGAGGGUGGCUUCGCUAAUGACGGCAUGAUUGGCUGCACACAACCGCGACAAGUGGCGGCCAUGUCCGUGGCAAAGCGUGUUGCUGAGGAAGUCGGCUGUAAGCUGGGAGAGGAAGUUGGUUACAGUGUGCGUUUCGACGACACGACGAGCCCCCUGACCAAAAUUAAGUACAUGACCGACGGUAUGCUUCUCCGAGAAAUUCUCGGUGAUCCUGAUAUGAAGCGUUACUCGGUCAUUAUGCUGGACGAAGCGCACGAGCGUACCAUCUCAACCGAUGUGCUCUUUGCGCUGCUAAAGAAGGCUCUCAAGCGCCGUCCCGAUCUCAAAGUCAUCGUCACCUCUGCCACCCUCGAUGCGGACAAGUUUUCCAUGUACUUUAACGAAUGCCCCAUUUUUACAAUUCCCGGCAGGACUUUCCCUGUUGAGAUUCUAUACUCUCGAGAGCCCGAAUCCGAUUAUCUCGAUACGGCGCUGGUUACUGUUAUGCAGAUUCAUCUGACGGAGCCAAAGGGUGACAUCCUCGUCUUCCUCACAGGUCAGGAGGAAAUCGAUACCGCGUGCGAGGUGCUUUUUGAGCGAAUGAAGGCCUUGGGGCCAGGAGUGCCGGAGCUCCUCAUUCUUCCUGCCUACGCCCAGCUGCCGACCGAGAUGCAGAGCCGCAUUUUCGACCCUGCCCCUCCGGGGGCGAGGAAGGUUAUCAUUGCCACCAACAUUGCCGAGACCUCUAUCACGAUUGAUGAAAUCUACUACGUCAUUGACCCCGGCUUCGUGAAGCAGAGCGCCUACGAUCCGAAAUUGGGGAUGGACUCGCUGAUUGUUACUCCCGUUUCGCAAGCCCAGGCAAACCAGAGAGCCGGACGCGCUGGACGUACCGGACCCGGAAAGUGCUUUCGCCUCUACACGGAAGCCGCCUACCAAUCAGAAAUGUUGCCGACUACGAUUCCUGAAAUUCAACGAGCCAACUUGGCACUCGUCAUUCUCAUGCUCAAGGCCAUGGGUAUCAAUGACUUGUUGCACUUUGACUUUAUGGAUCCGCCGCCCGUCAAUACAAUGCUGACAGCCCUGGAAGAAUUAUAUGCCCUCAGCGCUCUUGAUGACGAGGGCCUGCUCACACGUCUGGGUCGCAAAAUGUCCGACUUUCCUAUGGAGCCUUCACUAGCCAAGGUGCUCAUCACGGCGGUCGACUAUCAGUGCGCCGACGAGAUGCUGAGCAUCGUUGCCAUGCUCAACCAAUCGACCAUCUUCUACCGGCCCAAGGAGAAGCAGACGCAGGCGGACCAGAAAAAGGCCAAGUUCCACGACCCGCACGGCGAUCACCUGACGCUGCUCAACGUGUACAACUCGUGGAAGCACAGUGGCUACUCGAGCCCGUGGUGCUUUGAGAACUUUAUCCAGGCACGCUCGAUGCGGCGCGCCAAGGACGUGCGGGACCAGAUCCUGCGCAUCAUGGAGCGGCACCGGCACGCCGUCGUCUCGUGCGGGCGGGAUACGCAAAAGGUGCGGCGGGCGCUGUGCACAGGCUUCUUCCGGAGCGCGGCGCGCAAGGACCCGCAAGAGGGCUACAAGACCUUGACGGAGGGCACGCCCGUGUACCUGCACCCGUCGUCGGCGCUGUUUGGCAAGCAGGCCGAGUGGGUCAUCUACCACGAGCUGGUGCUGACGACCAAGGAGUACAUGCACUGGACGACGGCGAUUGAACCCAAGUGGCUAGUCGAGGCGGCGCCGACCUUCUUUCGGGUCGCGCCCACGGACAAGCUGAGCAAGCGAAAGGCGCAGGAGAGGAUCCUACCACUGUACAACAAGUACGCGGCCGAGGACGACUGGCGACUGAGUGCGCAGAAGAGGGGAGGACGGGGUGGUGGUGGUGGUACUUGGGGUUGA